AUGGACUCAUUCGAAGCUGCUAAUCAAUUCCUGCAAAUCCUCAAGACACUUACCCCUUCCAUUCAAAAUCUAACUCGAGCCGCUCAUUUUGCUCUUAAAAAUAGUUCAAAAGAAGAUUAUUUAUUUCCAAUAAUAUUAGAUAUAUUACAAGAUGAUAAAAUUGAAUUAAAUAACAAAUCAACAAUAUUCCAAUUCAUUGAUAUUUUAAUUAGUGAAAGUUUUAGUCUGCAAUUCAAAUCUGGUGAUGAUUAUCAUUAUCCUUAUAUUCAAAACAUCAAAAUAAAUCUACCAACAAUUAUAAAAUUAGUGGUACCAAAUAAUGAUCAAGAAAAUACUUAUUAUUCAAAUUUAUAUAAUUGUUAUAAUUGCUUAGUAUCAAUUUCUAAAUAUUUUAAAAUUGAUAGUGAGAAAUAUAUUCAAAAAUUCAAUUCAAAUCAAUUAUCAACCCAAGAUCAACUCAAUAUUAAAAAUAAUCUCGAAUUUACUCCUGAUGAUAUUGAUAUAACUUCCCCUAGUGAAGAUCCAUUGGUUGUAGCUUGGAAAAUCUUAUUACAAAUCAAACAUCAAUCACAAUAUAAUCGAGCAAGAUUAUUACUUAAUUCAAGUCCAGUUGUUGACCCAAUAAGUUCCGAAAAUGAUUUAUUCAACAUUCGUGAAAAGUCAUCCACUACCACCACCACCACCACCACUCCAAACAAUAACAUCCUUUCGAAACGACAAAUAUUAUCACGGAUGGAAGAUGACCGGGAGGCUCAUAAACGAUCAAAAGAAAUUCUUUGGCUUGUGAAUCGUGAUCUGGCAGGAUCGAAGAAUUAUCCAACAGAAGAAGAAUUUCUUGAUCAUUAUUGGAAUAAAUUUCAUAGAUUGGAAGGAAGAGAUAAACGAGAUUUCUUAGAUUCUUUACAGGAUAUAAAUAACUUAGUCAGACAGAGUUAUAAAGAUCCUCAAUUUUGA